CUCCACAUGAAGAAAACUUCAGUGUAAACCAGAGACUGAACAGCAGAGGUUAGGCACUAUAAACCUCACGUGGCUUCAACAAAGUAACAGACUAUGACUAAAAUCUCGAGGAGACAAAGACGAUCACGCCUCAAGUCACACAGAGAUGGGAAGCCAAUUAACGGAACAAGAAACUGAAAUUAAACCAGGCUUGGUGGUGGAAAUUUCACAUUGCUGUUCUUCGUGAAGAAGAUCAACUAGGUAUGGAUUCUCUUUUCAUCAAAGGCUCAGAGAACCUUCAAAGCACUUUGGAACUGUGGAUAUGAAGAGCAAAUAUCUAGAAACCAACUUCCUGUGCCGGUAACAAGGCGGCUAUUCAUUGAACCACACACAAAGCAUACACCACGUCUCAUUGAGUGGAAAAAGAAGAAGGUAAACUGAUGUGGUUUGUUCAUGCUUACGUACGCAUGCUUUUUGCACUUUGAAAGAAGGAUUACGCAACAUCUGAGCGGUAAGAAGCUCCAUCUUACAGCUCUAUGUAAUUCAUUUCACGUUUUGAUUCUUCGAGCUUUAAAAGCACUGACUGACUUCUUUAAGUUAAACUCUAAUCGAUGACAAUGACCGAAAAGAACAAUUCAAGUACAAGCUGUGCCAACGAUAACUUUAAAUAUGUAUUAUACAGCUCCGUUUUCAGUAUUGUCUUUAUCCUCGGGCUGCUCUUCAACAUGGUGGCCUUGUACAUUUUCGUCUGCAGACUGAAAAUGCGCAACGAAACUACAACAUACAUGCUGAACCUUGUGGUCUCAGAUACUCUCUUCGUGUUCAGCUUGCCUUUCAGGGCGUUUUACUUUAUUAACCGUCAAUGGCCUUUUGGCAACGCUCUCUGCAAGAUCUCAGUGGCCUUGUUCUACACCAACAUGUACGGCAGCAUCCUCUUCCUCACGUGCAUCAGCAUGGACCGCUUCCUGGCAAUUGUAUAUCCCUUUGCGUCCAGGACGCUGAGGACCAAACGCAAUGCUAGAAUCGCCUGCACCUUGAUCUGGGUGGUUUUGCUGUCGGGAGGCCUCUCCGCAAGUUUCGUGAUGGACACCACUUCGUAUACGAACAACACAAUAUACUGUUUUGAAAACUACUCCAACCUCCAGUGGAAGUCAAAGGUGUCAAAAGUGGUGGUGUUUAUGACGACGGUGGGCUUUUUGAUUCCGCUGAUGAUCAACUUUAUCUGCUCCAUGAGGGUCCUGCAGACCUUACGACACCCUGAGAGCAUCAACCGUGGAGGGCAGCUGAACAAGGCUAAGAUAUUGCGUAUGAUUGUGGUGCACUUGCUCAUUUUUUGUUUUUGCUUCUUUCCGUACAACGUCAAUCUGGUCUUCUACACCUUGGUCCGAAGUCAGGUUAUUACAAACUGCACUGUGGAGUCAGUGGUCCGGACGAUUUAUCCGAUCGCAUUUUGCAUCGCCGUGACCAACUGUUGCUUUGACCCGGUCAUCUAUUACUUCACCUCAGAGACAAUUCAGAACUCUAUUAAACGAAAGUCUUACGCUGUGCGCAAAAACACGCUGAACACCACAAUUGACAACAGUGUUAACAACAGAAAUUACUCUAUGAAUAAAAUCACAUCUCUUAAAGCUAAAUUCAUCAUCGAAGAGUCUACAAUAUAACCAAAGCUCAGGCAGCAGUUGCUUUUUAUACAUAUUUCGUAUCAAAUUCUAUUCAUCCGACAUUCAGCCAGUUGGUUGGCACAGAAUAUACUGACUAAUAAAUAACUGAAUAUUGCUAAACUUGCAAAAGUCUGAGUAUCAUCUUGGUGCUUGAAUGGAUGUGUUUACAGGCCAAACUGUACUGUUUUCCUAAUGGAUUAUUGAUCUUGUAAUUGUAUAAGAACUGUAUAUGACUGAAACCUGACAAAGAAAUAUCAGUAUUUCUGCACAAAGUGCUACAUUUUAAGACAAACAACAAAUUAAAGUCUAAACAGCAGCAGUUUUUGUAUCAUGAAUUAAUAAUGGGUAACACUUUACAAUUAAUUUCGAUUAGUACUACAAUGCACUGACUAACGUGAGCAAACAAUGAGCUUAUUAGUAUUAAUAAGUAGUGUAAUAAAUGCAUUGUUCAACAAAUGACACAUUGUAAAGUGUUACUCAAUACAUAUUUUGCACAGCAUUUAAUAUUCUGGGUUAAUUUUAGUUUAUAAACAGCUAUAUUUAAAUUCACUUGUAAUUUAUAUAAAAUUAGAAAUUAACUAAAUUAUUAAAUGCUGUUGUUAACUGUUAUUUCACACAAUAUAUUGUACUGUAUUCAUUAAAUGUUAACUGAACCUCACUGUAAAGUGUUACCAUCUAAACAGAUCAUUUUGUUUAUUAUUUUGUUUGACAUUUCAAUGUAUUAAUGCAGUAAACCUCUAUUAUAUGUACAGUAAUAUCCACCAAAACUGCUAGUGUCUUGUAACAAAUGACACUUGGGGUAAAAUGUUUUGAUAAAAUA